AUGGGCUCCACGCGCCGGGCGCUGUCCGCGGUGCUGGCCGUUCUGCUGCUUCUCACGCUGCCCGGGCUGCCCGUCUGGGCGCAGAACGACACGGAGCCCAUCGUCCUGGAGGGCAAAUGUCUAGUGGUGUGCGACUCGAAUCCGGCGACGGACUCCAAGGGCUCCUCUUCUUCCCCUCUGGGAAUAUCGGUCCGGGCGGCCAACUCCAAGGUGGCCUUUUCGGCGGUGAGGAGCACCAACCACGAGCCAUCGGAGAUGAGCAACAAGACGCGUAUCAUUUACUUCGAUCAGAUCCUAGUUAAUGUGGGCAAUUUCUUCACAUUAGAAUCUGUGUUUGUAGCACCGCGGAAAGGAAUCUACAGCUUCAGUUUUCAUGUAAUUAAAGUCUACCAGAGUCAAACAAUCCAGGUUAACUUGAUGUUAAAUGGAAAACCAGUAAUAUCUGCAUUUGCUGGGGACAAAGAUGUCACACGUGAAGCUGCCACGAAUGGAGUCCUGCUCUACCUGGACAAAGAGGAUAAGGUUUACCUAAAACUUGAGAAAGGUAACUUGGUUGGAGGCUGGCAGUAUUCCACAUUCUCCGGCUUUCUGGUGUUCCCCCUAUAGAAUCUGAUUUCCUGCGAGGUUUAUCCAGGUGAGGGGAAAACCACCCCUGAGUUAUCGGAAGAUCAUGUUUUCAUCAUUGGAUUGAUGUCCUUUAUUGGUUUCUCAUGGGUGAAUAUGGACUCUCUUUAAGGAUUCUAGACCUGUCUGAACCAACACGAAGUUUUACAGAUUAUUUUCAUGUGCACAUUUCGGUGUAUUUGGAUUGGAACUCAAAGCAGAUAAUACCUAUCUAUGCUUAAAUGUAACAAUCAAAAGUUGUCUCAAGGUUUGUUCUGGAUUUAAUUUCUUGGAAUUACUAAAUUUGUUGCAGAUGUGGACUUGGUUUAUUUGUUUCCUAAAAACCUGGCAAAUGAGUCUGAGAAUCAGAAAACUGAAGUUCUGACUUCAAUCAGUGGUUAGUGUGACACUGCCAAAGAACUGUGUGAAUAUAUUGGUUACACUUGUUUUUAUUGCUUUGGAAUUAGUUUGUUUUGUUCUCUUAAUGCAGCUGGGAAUUGUUUCUCAGUGGCUGGCAUUAUGUUUUCUCUAUAAAUAAGGUAAUGAAUGGCUUGUCUGGAAAUUUACCUUGACUGUGAGAUUACCGACACGACUUCCCUAAAAUGAGAGAGCAGGAAGAAUACUUCAUAGUUGUAUUUUAAUUAUCUAUGUGAAAGAGUCAUAUUUUCCAAAUUAUAUUUUCUAAUAGGAAAAAUAGAUCAUAAGUCUGACAAGGAAAAAAGUUGCUUACCCGAAUUUUAAGUGCUCCAUCCCCAAACCUUGGCAAAGCUUCUCUCCUCCCCAGAAAAGCUUAUACUUUAUUGCUCAACUUUAAUUAACAUGAUUGAUAAUGACCACUAUAUUAAAAAGCUAAGGGAUUUUUUUUCCCUUAGACGUGAUCACUUUAUUAACUGCCGAUGGGAUACCCUGGUUUUUAAUUAUAUCUAUUUUUCAAGCCUUUUGUUGUGUUUUAAGCAUCAUCUGGUUUUGCCUUAACUCUUUAAGUUGUAUAUAUUUAUCUGUUUAACUAAUAUUAAGUCCAAAUAUCCCAUAUCUAAAUUUAGUGCAAUAUCUUAUUUUGUCUUUUGUAUAGAUCAUAUGAAUUCAUAAAAUUAUUUAUGUCUCUGUUAUAGAAUAAAUAUUAAUAUAUGUUAGUUGAA